CGGAUUCAGAUCCACCGCUUCUCUUCAAUCUUUCAAGCCCUUUGACCACCUACUCCCUUGGGCUUCAUCAGCAUCGCCGUCACUUCCCAUCGCUUGCCCCGCUAAUGCUCCUUUUUCUCGCUCCACGGAAGAUCGACGGAAGGACGAAGCGAUAUGACGAUGGCAUCGGCGCUCCGACAACUCUCCGUGGCCGUCGUUAACCGCCAGCCCCUCCCGAGCUUCUUCCUCCGUUGCAUGUCCUCCUUGCCGAGCGAGGCCGCCUACGAGAAGGAGAAAUCUGGCGUUACGGUUUGUCCUUUGUGUUUGUCCUGUGAGGGUUGAUGGUUUCGAGAGUAUUGCAGUGUUUGUUGAUACUCGGGUUCUUGGAUUCUACUGCCGUGGACGAAGCAGCUGAAUGCUCCGCUGGAGAUCAUUGAUCCGGAGAUCGCCGAUGUAAUUGAGCUUGAGAAGGCAAGGCAGUGGAAAGGCCUUGAACUCAUACCCUCAGAGAAUUUCACAUCGGUGUCAGUCAUGCAAGCAGUAGGGUCGGUCAUGACGAACAAAUACAGUGAGGGGUAUCCUGGUGCACGAUAUUAUGGCGGCAUUGCGUAAUAUAUAUUUGCUCUCUUCUCAGGGUACAUUGACAUGGCUGAAUCAUUGUGUCAGAAACGUGCCCUGGAAGCUUUUGGUUUAGAUCCUGCAAAAUGGGGAGUGAAUGUGCAAUCAUUGUCUGGUUCACCUGCUAACUUCCAAGCUUACACUGCACUUCUGAAGCCACAUGAGAGAAUAAUGGCUCUUGACCUUCCUCAUGGUGGACAUCUUUCUCAUGGAUACCAGAUUUCCAGAUAUCAUCAUCAUCGCGCAUUUCCAGGAAGAAUUUUCUUAACUUUUGGGGCAAUUCUCUAUAAAUCUUGCUGCGCGAGCCGCCUUCGUCACUGAGCCAAAAAUUGAACAUGGAAUCGAUGCUACGGAAACUGCUGCUUCUGUUAACGAUAUCAAUCUGCUGGGCGACAACAGGAGCAGCAGCAGCAGAAGAGUACGUGAAAUACAGGGAUCCAAAGCAGCCACUGGGCGCUCGAAUCAAGGACUUGCUCCGCCGCAUGACUCUCGCUGAAAAGAUCGGCCAGAUGUCCCAGAUCGACAGGCAAGUCGCAACCCCGGACGUCAUCCAGACUAACUUCAUCGGAAGCGUCCUGAGCGGAGGCGGCAGUGUGCCAAAGCCCCAGGCUUCUGCCUGGGAAUGGGCAGCGAUGGUGAACGACAUGCAGAAGGCUGCUCUCUCCACCCGUUUAGGCAUCCCAAUCAUCUACGGUAUCGAUGCUGUUCAUGGGCACAACAAUGUCUAUGGAGCCACCAUUUUCCCCCACAAUGUUGGGCUCGGUGCCACUCGGGAUCCUGAACUGGUGAAGAGAAUUGGUGCUGCUACUGCUCUGGAAGUUAGAGCCACAGGGAUUUCCUAUGUCUUCGCACCAUGCAUUGCGGUCUGCAGAGAUCCAAGAUGGGGCCGCUGCUAUGAGAGCUACAGCGAAGAUCCAAAGCUUGUUCAGCAAAUGACUGAGAUCGUCUCUGGCUUGCAAGGAGAUAUUCCUCAGAAUUCUCGCAAAGGAGUCCCCUUUGUCGCUGGAAAGAGGAAUGUUGCUGCCUGUGCAAAGCACUACGUCGGUGACGGUGGCACACACGACGGGAUCAAUGAAAACGACACCAUCAUCAGCCGUCACGGACUGCUCAGCAUCCACAUGCCUCCUUACGACAACGCCAUCAUCAAGGGCGUCUCCACUGUCAUGGUCUCCUACUCGAGCUGGAACAGGGUGAAGAUGCAUGCAAAUCGCUAUCUGGUCACUGAAUUCCUCAAGCACACACUUCAUUUCAGGGUCUGUUCGGCUUCCACUUCUUCCAACACGAAGAAGAAUCAUAGCUUGUUUGAAUUGGUAAUUGAACAUAUUACAAUUGUUGUUAAACAGGGAUUUGUGAUCUCAGAUUGGCAAGGUAUUGAUAGAAUAACCACGCCACCAGAUGCUAAUUACACAUAUUCUGUAGAAGCUGGGAUCCGAGCAGGCAUUGAUAUGGUGAUGAUCCCACUUGCAUACCAAGAUUUCAUUAGUAACCUGACCUACUUGGUGGAGAAGAAUGUGAUCCCAAUGAGCAGAAUUGAUGAUGCUGUGAAAAGAAUUCUGAGAGUCAAGUUCACUGUAGGACUCUUUGAGAACCCUUUUUCAGACCCUAGUCUGGCUGAUCAGCUUGGAAGCAAGGAACACCGCGAAUUGGCUAGGGAAGCUGUAAGGAAAUCACUUGUGCUGUUGAAGAAUGGCAAGGUUGCCAAUGAGCCAUUGCUCCCACUUCCUAAGAAGGCUAGCAAGAUCCUUGUCGCCGGAAGCCAUGCCGAUAACUUGGGUUACCAGUGUGGAGGGUGGACUAUUACUUGGCAAGGCCUAAGUGGCAACAACAAUACAAUUGGUACCCCUAUUCUCAAUGCAAUCCAGUCAACUGUCGAUCCUAGUACUCAGAUCAUCUUUUCCGAGAACCCCGAUCCUGACUUUGUGAAGAACGGCGCAUUUGAGUACGCGAUCGUUGCGAUAGGAGAGGAUCCAUAUGCAGAAACAGAUGGGGACAAUCUGAAUCUGACUAUUCCAGCUCCUGGAGUCAGUGUGAUUCAGAAUGUGUGCAGCAGUGUCAAAUGUGUUGUGCUUGUGAUCUCAGGAAGGCCAUUGGUGAUCGAACCAUAUAUCGAACAAAUUGAUGCACUUGUCGCGGCCUGGCUGCCCGGUACAGAAGGCCAAGGUGUGGCAGAUGUGCUCUUCGGUGACUAUGGUUUCUCCGGCAAGCUGCCAAGGACAUGGUUCAAGUCUGUGGACCAGCUGCCUAUGAAUGUUGGUGACCAACACUAUGAUCCCCUCUUCCCCUAUGGGUUCGGCCUUAGGACCGAGCCAGCUAAUGCGAAGUAGUGGGACUUGGAUCGAUGGUAGGAACAAAAUUUUUGAUUAUAUCCUAGAAUAGCUUAGUUCUUUUGUCUUCUCUUAUUGAUUCAAUAAAAGCUGUAACUUCAUUGGAAUAUUGAUUCAAUGCUCUAGUUGGUUUCGAUGA